AUGGCCUCCUCCCCCGCCAACCUCCGCGCCAUUUACCGCUCCCUCCUCCGCGAGCUCCCGCCCCGCCCCAUCCUCUCCUCUCCGCGAACUCCUCUCCACCGCCGCAUCCGCUCCUCCUUCGUCGACUCUCCCUCUCCCUCGUCCUCUUCCUCUUUUGCGUCCUCCUCACACGCUUUAGAGCACCAGGCCCAGCUCGCCCAGCAGCUCAUCGCCUACCUCCGCGCCCAGCGCAUGUACGUCACCCUCAUCGAGCGCUAUAAUCCGGGUAUGGAGAUGGACCAGGACGAGCGCAUCCGCUUAACCGCCCGGAGAGUCGGCAUGGAUCUUCCCUCGGUGCAGAAGAAGAAGAAGACGCAGUGA